AGCCUAUAGUCACGCGACCGCACCAAGUUAUAUUUAUUUACGCGCACGUACUUCCCUACGAGGAACGAGCUUGCAACUUCUUCAGCGAUCUACGUCAGAUUGAGAGGGACAAUAUUAAAACAUUGUUAUCAGAGAGUAGCAUUGAAUACUCUGAUUUGAAUCAUGGAAUCUGCUGGCACAAAUUCGACUACUAAUAAUACUGCUACUAAUAAUAUUUGUAGAUUGUGUAAUGAACGCACGUCUUUGUAUACCUGUCCAAGAUGUGAGAUAGGCUUUUGCAGUAGUAAAUGUUACAAAUCAGACUCGCACAUGGAUUGCUCCGAGAGCUUUUAUAAACAGAACGUGCAAGAGGAAUUGAAAUCUCAGGAAAGUGAUCCAGAAUCUAGACAAAAGAUGUUGGAGAUUCUUAAGAGAGUACAUGAAGAAGGUUGGGACAAUAUUCUAGAUGAUUCGGAUACAGGAGAUGACGAGGACUCUCCAUUGGAUUCUGAUGACGAUGAAACUCGUGACUUAGAGACCAGAUUACAAAACGUUAAUUUGGAUGAUCCGAAUGAGCUUUGGUCAGUUUUAUCCGCUGCGGAGAGACAAGAAUUUGAAGCACUGUUGAAGAACGGAGAGGCAGAGAAAUUUCUUCCGAAAUGGGUACCAUGGUGGACUCGUCGUCUGGAAAACAAAUUGGUUCAGUUUGUUGAAGACGAAGCCAAGGACGCUCAUAGUGACUUAAAAUAUCCUGCUGUAAUGGAUGUACCAUUGUUCAAUGAACUGCAGAAAGCGUCUCCCUGUCUACCUUUUAAUGUAACAAACGUGAUAUACGCAUACGCAUACAUAGCUCUUUAUUACAAUGGGGAUUGCAUGAAUUGUGCUGACGACGCUGCAAGCGUCUUUCUAAGUAUAUGCGAGAACAUGAAAAACAAUGAAGUCUUUGAAGACGCAGACUCGGCAAUUAAAUCCGUUGUGGAAAAUAUUGGAAAGCUCAAUGUUGAUCGGUUGCCAUGUGACGAGCAAACUUUAACAGCACUGAAAGAAGCCGGCACAUCCAUUUUACAAGGGCCAAGCACUGAGAUGAAAACUAUUUAUGUAUGCACAGCGCUCUCUGAACUCCAUAGAUUGCUAACAGCAGCCAGGAAAGAGGUUUCAGUGCGUAAGAACACGAGCAGCCAUCAGGAAUUUACAAAAAAAUUUUCACAACGAGAUAGUGCUGUGAAUCUGUCGAAGAAGAGCAUAUUUAUGUGUCUAAAAAAACUAGAGUACUAUUUAUCAUGGGUAAAAAAGUAUGGAGCGGAACUCUUGUAAAUUAUGUAAUUAUGAAUGUAUUAUUUUGUUAAUAAAGCUACAAAAGAAAA